AUGAACCAGGGCCAGGUGUUUGUGAAAAAACGCCUGCCCCACUGUGUGCCGGAAUCCCAGCGCUGCGACCUGCACCCGCAAUGCGGCGACUUCUCGGACGAAGCCUCCUGCACCCCGCUCGACUACCUGAUCCGACAUGAGCAGGACCGGCUGUGUGACCAUGAGGUGGACCUGGCAGACACGUCCGACGAAGAGUUCUGCUGUCCCCGGAACCCGGACGACUAUUACUGCCGGCACAGCCAGCGGACGAUUCCCAGGCGCUGGUGCUGUGAUCGCGACAUCGACUGUGAAUAUGGCGAGGACGAGGCGGACUGCGUUGCCCUGGUUGGCAGCGACACGGACACGAUCGAGCUGGACAGGAUGGGCCGGCCACUGAACCGACUGCGCGGGCUGGUGGCCAUCAAAUCAGACUGGAUGAGCAAAUACUCUGACAUCCUCUGCAACUACCUGCACCAGGGGGUGAUGCUGAACGAGCGCUUCGUCUCCGCCGAUGACGGGGACCGUACGCCCGUGUACCCGCUCGGGGAGGAGCUGUACACCUGCGAGGAGCUCCAGGACGAUGGACGGGUGGCGCCCGGCAUGACCGUCAAGGAGCAUCUGAUGCCGCGCACGCUUGACCACCCGUUGGUCCACCUCAACCACUUGCUAAACGGCCAAAAGCUGGCCACUGGCCGUGCCGCCUGCACCGCCGUCGACCUCACCUGCGGCCCGGCGGCGGAGCCGAGCUGCGGUCACCGGCCGGCGCUCAAACAGCUCCGCGACACGCCCGGUCCCACCUCCGGCUCCGGGGUAUGGCCCAUGUACGUCACCGUAUACGUGGACGGUGCCGUGGUGACCGGAGCGACUCUCAUCAGCCCCAGCUGGGUGAUGACGUCAUCCGAGGCGGUUGACCUUAUCAGCCCCUCGUCCGACUACGUCGCCGUGCGGGCGGGCGAGCACCGGCGGCAGCUGUUCGCCACGCCCGCCCACCAGACGGUGCGCGUCGACUUCCGCUCCCGCGACGGUGACGUCACGCUGCUUCACCUGAGCCGGCCGCUGGCGCUGGGCGAGCACGCCUACCCGGCCUGCCUGCCGCCCGAGGACGGGAGCUCUGCUCUGAGGCACGUGGACUACUGCUUCGCUGUCGGCUGGGGUGGUGGCGCGGUGCAGGGUGUGAAGCUCCGCCUCGACCCCGUGUGCCCCGAGGAUAUGGUCUGCACCCUGCCGGCGCCCACAGCACGCUGCCAGAGUGCCGGCGACUGGUCGGGAGCGUUGCUGUGCCGGGGGGUCGACUUGCUCUGGCGGGCGGCUGCCGUGUUCCGCGAGCACGGUCCGCACUGCUUCGGCCGGAAGCGCCGGUGGCGCCGCCUGUCGGCCACUCACCUGCGCCGGCGGCUCGACUGCCUCAACAUCUCGCUGACGGCGCCGCCGGAGCUGGGCCAGCUGUUCCGGGAUGAGCUGCUGGACAGCUGUACCCCAUCAGUGGCGAUCGCCGAACCUCCGUGCUCGGGUCACCGGUGCACCUUGGGGCAGUGCAUCCACCCAACCAAGGUGUGUAACGGCGCGCCCGACUGCGACGAUGGCUCGGACGAGGUGGACUGUGAUUUCAACGUCACAUCUUGCAUCACUCCCAGCGGCCAGUGUGACUGCGCGGAUGGCCAGAUCAUGUGCGCGGAGAGCGGCACCUGCCGACCUUACCGCGCCUACUGCGACGGCCGCGCCGGCUGCCUCAACGGCGCCGAUGAGCCCGACAUCUGCACCUGCCGCGGCUUCCUCCGGCUGGCGGCGCCGGAGCUCAUCUGCGACCAGAAUGUCGACUGCAUAACGGGCGAUGACGAGUUUGGCUGUAGAUACGAAACGGACAGAUUCCGCUGCUACCGGAACCCCGAAGUCAGCCUGAUCCCGCGCUCGGAGGUGUGUGACGUCAGCUACCAGUGCGCCGGCGGAGAGGACGAGGAGCACUGCGUAUGCCUGCUGAUACAGCUGCCCGCCAGCGUGCCCGAUCACCAGGGCAGGCCGAGCUUCAACGUCAGCGAGACCCUGCUGGGGUCUCCUCGCUGCGACUCCGAGGGUUUCCUGGUGGUGCGUAUGCACGGCCGCUGGAUGGCCGUCCCGGAGCGGGUGUGGAGAGAGGAGCGCUCGCGCCAGGUCUGCGCCAAGCUCGGCUAUCGCCAGGUGGAGUUCACAGAUAUGCGAGAAAUCCCAGGCAGUGAAAAGUCGGCGGUUUACAUAUCGUGCGAGUAAUGUAUCGCGGGCGAAAAUUGCGCUGCGCAUCGACGUGGUCAGCUGAGAUUGGUUGACUUGACACAAACUAUUUUCAAGCAUUCGUGCAGACAACGUUGCUGGAUUAACCUGAAGCACAUUGUUACGGUGACAUGAGAAGUAGACCCGUUUGUCUUCAUGUUUUGUCCUCGCUGUGAGCGUAAAGCACUGACGCUCGGCCGAAACAGGUGAAAACCCUGCCCGCGUGCCUCCUUGCCGACUGAAAUUGUUAAAUCCAUUACGAUAUGCAUACCUACCUAUGCGAGCUACGAUGUGACACCUCAAUGGAAGAGCGAGGCUUCAGUUCAUCACACGCUGUGGCAAUUGUCGGCUGUCGGGGCUGUUAUCCAGUUCGUGGAGUUGCUCGUGCUUCCGAUUUAUGAGACGAACAUAGGUUGCUGUGUUUGUCCAACCGGAUCACCAAGUUGUGUUGAAUUGCUGGCCAAAUUGUUUCGCUGGUGUAUAACGAUCCGGUCACAUGCAUGGGGAAUGUGUUGCCUUUUGUGUGGAUGUAUACGCAUGUUGAUAAUCGCAAAUAUCCUCUAGUAUUUGUUUCGUGUCGAGAAAGUUUGGUGCUGUUCUGGAACAGCGCGUGAUUAGCUCCAGUCACACCACGAGAACUUUAUCAUU